AUGAAUGAGUCGAUGAAUUGGUGGAGACAUCCACUCAAGACAUGCACUCCCGAAGAAUUACAACAAAUUAUUUCCUCACAAUCUGGUGGACAGUAUGUGUUACCCAGCGAUCCAUAUAAUAAAGUUUUUGAUGGCAUUUAUUUAGGAGACGAAUCUGUGGCACAAAAUGUUUCACUUUUAAAGUCUUUAUCCAUAAGUCAUGUCUUGAAUGCUGCGUUUGGAACCGAUUUAUCACUAAAUAUGGUUAAUGUAUGCAAAGAAUUAUAUUUGAAUUCCGGAAUACAAUUCUUGGGAAUAGAGGCCAUAGAUAUGUCCAGUUUUAAUCUGUACCAACAUUUCCCUAAGUCAUCACUUUUUAUAGAGUCAGCUGUGGCUGAGGGAGGCAAUGUAUUGGUUCACUGCAGGGAAGGUAUAUCCCGUUCAGCGACUCUUGUGGUGUCGUAUUUGAUGAUCAGUAGAGGAAUGACAGCACAGACAGCCAUUCGGACAGUGAGACAAUACAGAGAAAUCAGACCAAACGAUGGAUUUCUGAGACAAUUGUCCAUAUGA